GUGAUAGGGAGGGGAGAAAGACGAAAAAUUAUGAAAUUUUGCUUAUUCCAUUGAAUUUUUCUUAUAAGCAAUUUGUUUCAAACAAAAAGCUCGAAAAAAAAAUAUUUUUAAAAACGAGAAAUUAAAAUUAAAAAACGAAAAAAAAUUGAGAGGAAAUAAGUGGCGUGUAUUUUAUCAGGCACUAACACACAAGGAGACAAAAUUGAUUUUUUUCACAAUAUUUACGUAAUUACACAAUGUUAGAUGGAAAAAAAAUUAAAAAUUUACAUGCACAACAAUGAAAUAAAUGAAGAUUUUCAAAAAAGAAAAGAAAAUAAUGAACCAAAUUUUAAUAAAAAGAAUAAUUCAAAUGACAAUGAGACAGCACUUUCAUCAGAAACCGGAAGUUGUGGUUUAAAUUUAAAAUAAUAAUAUGGAUAAGUACGAGAAUUUGGAAGUUGUUGGAGAGGGAAGUUAUGGUGUUGUGAUGAAGUGUCGACAUAAGGAAACGGGACAAAUUGUUGCUAUUAAAAAAUUCCUUGAGACUGAGGAGGACAUACAUGUGCGAAAAUUGGCAUUUCGAGAAAUUAGAAUGUUGAGGAGGCUACGGCAUGAGAAUCUAGUGAAUUUGUUGGAAGUUUUUCGACGUCGUAAACGUUUCUAUCUUGUCUUUGAAUAUUUGGAUCAUACCGUUCUUGACGAAUUGGAAACAGCCGGUGGUGGAUUAGGACCAGACAUUUCAAAGAGACACAUCUUUCAAGUUGUUCGUGGACUCAAUUUUUGUCACUCAAACAACAUAAUACACCGUGACAUAAAACCAGAAAAUGUAUUGGUAUCGCCAAAUGGUGUUGUGAAACUUUGUGAUUUUGGAUUUGCCCGCUUUGUAAGUCAGUCUAAUGAAUCGUGUACGGAUUAUGUUGCCACAAGAUGGUACAGAGCACCGGAAUUACUUGUUGGCGAUAAUCGCUAUGGAAAACCAGUUGACGUUUGGGCUACCGGAUGUCUUUACGCUGAAAUGGUAACUGGUGAUCCAAUGUUUCCAGGCGAAAGUGAAAUUGAUCAAUUACAUCGAAUAACAAGAAUUCUUGGUGGACUAUGUGGGAAGCAUCAGAAUAUAAUGGGAAAAAAUGCAAGUACACGUCUAUUGAGACGAGCUAGUGUUGAUGAAUCGCCAUUUAGUAAUUAUGGUUCACGUUCACUUCGUAAUUUAUUUCCAAAUUGGAAUUUAAUUGCUGUUGAUUUUAUCACACAAUGUCUUCGUAUGGAUCCUGAUGCACGACCAAAUUGUUCAAAUUUAUUGCAACAUUCACUAUUUCAGCAUGAUGGAUUUAGUGAUAAAUUUCUCAUUGAAUUGCAAAAUAACGUUGCCAAGGAAACGGCAAUGAAUCAUCUUUUAAUGAAACGCGAAGAGGCACGAAGAUUAAGUGUUUUAUCUAUUGAGGAACCACCACGAAAUUGUCGCAGUGGCACUGGAAGAUGGCAAAUGAAUCUCAUUAAAGAACCAAAAAUACCAAUGAAUAAUAAAUUAAUAAACAUGGAUACAAAAGAAAAUGCACACGGACAUGAAAAUAAUAAUAAUAAUAAUUCAUCAUCAUCAACAUCAUUGUCAUUAACGAUAAAUCCAUUAAAGGAACAUUGUUACAUUGGUCCAGUAUCGGUUGUUCCAAAUACGACUUAUAUUAAACGACUGAAUCAAAAGGGUCUCAUUAUUCCGGAAACAAAAAAUUUUUCACUACCCGCAUUAUCAAUAAGGGCACACGCCAAACCACCGGGUAAAAGAAAAAAACUUGAGCUUACAAAUUUUUUAUAAAUUAUUCUAUAUAAUAAAUAAUAUAGGGUGUUUUAUUUUAUUAUAAAAAAAAAAAAUAAAAGUGAUUUUUAAAUAUAUAAAUAAUUAAUUUGGAAUUUUUUCUAGUUGUACAAUAUCGAAAA